AACACCAUUUCAGCGAUUAACAAUCAAGUAGCCCGGACUUCCCAAGCAGACGCACCCCGUGGCAUGGCCGCGCGCACGUUUGAUUCGACUGCCCUGGUGUUCAGGUUGCAUGAGAGCGCCCCCCAGCUGGUUCGAGAGGUACUUCUGGAGCGCGGUUGGAUGGAGUAUAAUGAGCAAGAGCAGGAAGAGGGGGACUGGAACCUGUACUGGCGGGCUUCAGCGUUCCGCAGUGCAGACUUCACAAAUGUUCUGCCCUGGCAGAGACUUAACCACCAUCCAAAGACACUGGGAAUCACACGCAAAGACCACUUAGCCAGAAACCUCAAGAGGAUGAGGGGCACAUUUGGCUCGGCACUUUACAAUUUCAGCCCAACUGCCUAUAUCCUUCCAAAUAAUUACACAGCAUUCUUAGCAGAGUACACAAAGAGCCGACUGAGAAAUACUGGAAAAUCUGGAUACUGGAUUUGUAAGCCCGUAGAUCUGUCAAGGGGAAGAGGAAUAUUUAUAUUUGAGGACAUAAAAGACUUACUGUAUGAUUCUCCAGUCAUCGUGCAAAGGUAUAUUAGCAAUCCACUGCUAAUAUCAGGGUACAAGUUUGACCUUCGGAUAUAUGUUUGCGUGAAAAGCUUUCAUCCUCUAACCAUUUACAUCCAUCAGGACGGCUUGGUGCGAUUUGCGACGGAGAGGUAUAAUCUCUCCUCUUUGGACAACCCGUUUUCACAUCUGACUAAUACCAGCAUAAACAAAUUGGGCCCUUGCUACAGAACUGCAAAGCAGAGGGUGGGACUGGGGUGUAAGUGGACUAUGAACAAAUUCCGCUGCUUUCUGCACAGCCAGGACAUUGAUGAGCGUCUCCUCUGGCAAAGGAUCAACAAUAUAGUUACACUUACCUUGCUCACAAUAGCCCCAUCCGUUCCUUCUUCUCCUAACUGCGUUGAGCUUUUUGGGUUUGACAUUCUCAUUGAUGCCAACUUAAAACCUUGGCUUCUAGAAGUCAACUACAGUCCUGCAUUGACCCUGGACUGUGCAGCAGAUGUGACUGUAAAAAAGGAUGUUCUCAAUGACCUCAUUGAUCUGAUGAACUACAAGAAGGUCGAUGUCCUUAGACAAAAAGGUUACCAGCCGACCUGCAGAUCUGUUACCCAGCCUGACUGUACUGAAAUAGAGAUUGUGAUGGAAAACAAGAGAGUAUUACUACCAGAGAGAGUCAAGCAGAACUCAAGGCACUCAUCCCGGUGUCUUUGUAAGCUACCUGCUAUCCAUGUUCAAAAGUACCGGCUUCCCACCUUCUCCUGGAGUGCAAAAUCUCAAGAAAACGGUAAACCCCCUUCCCGUGUUGGGGGCUUCAUACUGACUUUCCCUUUCAAUGAGGUCACUCUAAAGGCUUCCAAGGACAAUCUCAACGUGAAGAUUGCAGUUCAGGAAGUUCACAAGCUACUAACUUGGUUGGCAUCACCCUGUAGCCACAAAAUGAAGAGACAGGGGGAGGGUGUUCUGGACCGGGGGGUGAAAACGGACAGCUUCCCAGCACUGUUUUGGGGACUGAGGAACCUACCUCUCCUCAGUGACCUGCUGCAUCACAAAGUGAUCAAAACACACAAGUAA